AUGGACACGAGUCACGCCCCCCUGGUGGAGGAGUCUGACAUUGCUUCCAUCCCGGCCCUCAAGCUAUCCCUUUCCCCGGAGGAGCUGAAGCGAGUGGUGGUCUCCCUUGAAGCCAAGGUCAAGUACAGAGUCCUCAAGUCGGACUGGAGGCAGAACUCCUUCAAGAGACUCGAGCACUUGCAGAGUCGCACAGAUGACUAUCGUUCCCAACAGGCAGCACAAUUCAACAAUACAAGUUUUGAGGCUAAGGUCAAAGGUCUUGAGGAGGAAGUGAGUGCCAAGAACGACACGAUCCGCACCAUAUCACUAGAGGUGAACCUCCUCAACAACGAGAUCGCCAACUUCCUCAAACGUCACAAGCUGACGUCACGUGGUCACGUGAGCACGAUCGUAUCCCUUGGGGCCAGUGGGGCUGCCGAUACCACCUCGUCUGCUUCACACUGGACAACCGGAAGGUUCCGCCAUGUCGAGUCGGAAAUCUCGGCGAUCGCCCAGCGCCUGAAGGGUCUGUUGGGGGAGGGCACAGAGGCCGGGGACAGCGGGAACAGUCUGAGCGAUGUGUCACACAAGACCAAACAGGUGCAAGAGUUGAUCCGGGAGCUGGAAGCCAAACUGGACAGCGUUACACGUGACCGAGAUGAGGCCCUGGACUUGUUGCAGCCGGGAAAAAAAUCUGGAGCUGAGUCUAGUGCCGUGCAAGUGGUACAGAAGUAUCUACAGACGGAGCAGAAGAACAGGCACAUAAAGCGGAGAGCAGUCGACGCCACGCUUGGCUCUCCCUGGCCACGUUCUCCAAUUAUGGCACUUCCAGGCUCUGGGUGA